AUGCCUUCCUUGACCAAGUACAAGGCCGCAGCCGUCAACGCUGAGCCCGGCUGGUUCGACCUCGAGGAGUCCGUCAAGAGAACUAUCCACUGGAUUAACGAAGCCGGCGAAGCAGGCUGCAAGCUGAUUGCUUUUCCCGAACUAUGGAUCCCUGGCUACCCUUACUGGGCCUGGAAGACCAACUACCAGGAAAGCCUACCUCUUCUCAAGAAGUACCGGGAGAACAGUCUCCCCUCCGACUCUGAUGAGAUGCGUCGCAUCCGCGAGGCAGCCCGCGCCAACAAGAUCUACGUCUCGCUGGGCUACUCCGAGCUUGACCUCGCGAGCCUCUAUACUACUCAGGUACUCAUCUCCCCGACGGGUGAUGUCAUCAACCACCGCCGCAAGAUCCGCGCCACCCACGUCGAGAGACUGAUCUUCGGCGACGGCACUGGCGACACGACCGAGGCGGUCACCCAGACUGAUAUCGGCCGCGUCGGCCACCUCAACUGCUGGGAGAACAUGAACCCGUUCAUGAAGGCAUUCGGUGCCUCGCGUGGCGAACAGGUCCACGUUGCCGCCUGGCCGCUGUACCCUGGAAAGGAGACCCUUCGGUACCCGGACCCGUACACCAAUGUCGCAGAAGCGAAUGCUGAUCUCGUGACGCCUGCGUAUGCCAUUGAGACUGGCACGUUCACCCUGGCGCCGUGGCAGACCAUCACGGCCGAGGGCAUCAAGUUGAACACACCCCCUGGAAAGGAACUCGAGGACCCGCACAUCUAUAACGGAAAUGGUCGCAUUUUCGGCCCUGAUGGCCAGAACCUUGUCCCUCACCCAGACAAGGACUUCCAGGGUCUGCUCUACGUGGACAUUGACUUGAACGAGUGCCAUCUCACCAAGUCUCUCGCUGACUUUGGCGGUCACUAUAUGCGCCCGGAUUUGAUCCGACUGCUAGUGGAUACCAACCGGAAGGACCUGGUGGUUCAGGAGGAUCGUGUGAACGGGGGUGUCGAGUAUACUCGGACUGUAGACCGAGUUGGUCUCUCGACGCCUUUGGAGCCUGUUACUCCCUCGGCUGCACAGAAUUAAGACCGAGUCAGUCGCUGUUCUUUAAAUUGUU